AUAAUCAUCUUCAGGAUCAGACUCCUCUUCUUCCUUCACGUCCUGUUUGUCCAAAACAUCAUGUGCGCGUGGCAUAUCGACAUCGUCGUCCGAUUCAACCAGGUCAAUGAUCUCGGGUUCCUUCUUGAUGUGUGUAGGAUUCGAUAGCAUGCGCUUUGGCAUCGCCAUCGACGAUGCGAUUGACAUUCUCAUUGGGGGUUCUCUUCUCGUCGGGAUAUACGCGAGCGUGUGAGCGCGUUUGAGAGAUUUCGGCGGUCUGCACGGAUAUCUUCUAUCGCGCUCGCGCUCACGCUCUCUGGCUUGCGUUUCCUCUUCCUCACGCUCGGCGUUCCGGGUGCCAGUGGAUUUGUCUUCGAGCCCGGUCGACCAUAACGUUCAGUGACAACCGGCUUUGGUCCUCGUCGUCCGAGAUGGCGGUAAUACUCCUCGCCGACGCCGGCUUGCGGUUGCCGCGCCCAGACACAGACGACGCGGCCCUGUUUUCGUGCGGUGUGAUAGUAUCACGCUUCACCAGCGACUCGGAAAUGAUUUGAAUGUCGGAAUCAUCGGUUUCUGAGCCUUCGCUGAGCACGAUGGCAGUGUCCCGGGUCGAGUGUGAGUUCGUCGGAGGGGGACGCGGGCGAGAUCGGUUGACGGUCGUUGGUGCUAGCGGGCGCGUGGGCAUGGAUUGUGACGGUGCACGCGUAGAUAUGUUCGCGAUUACAUCCUCUCUUAAUUGUCUUGCGUUCGCCGCCUUCAAAUGGCUGGCCGUAUGCCUCAGCCCCGGCGGGUCAUUGUCGCGGUACAUGAAGUUGAGAGCAGCCAAGAGGUGGUGGCUGUGUACCUCUACCUUUUCGGUCACACACACGCGUGUGUGUUGAUUCAAUUCCACCGCGACGAUUACGACCAUGGCCCGCCGCAAACGCUAUAUCGACGAUGGACUCGACUCAGACGCUUCCGACUCUGGAAACGGUGAUGACGAUGAUUACAACCCGAACGAGAGCGCGGAUGCACGCACUGCACGGGAACUCUUUGAGAACCCGUAUGGCACGAAGAGGAAACGCAGGCGGGUCAGUGACGAGGACGAUGAGGAUGAAGACGGCCUCGAAGCUGAUCUCAUGCCUCGUAGGAAAGCGGGCUCAUCUCGGAGGAAUGAUUGGACCAAAGCACCCGCGUUUGUUUCGGGGGAUGCGGGGCAGCAGAAGAUGGAGGUGGAUGAAGAAGAAGGGGACGGUGACGAGGAUGAAGACUCGGAUGAUGGAGAGGAACCGGAAUUGUCCAAACCACCAUCGCCUCGAAUAAGGGAAGAGGAAGAUGACAUGGAUGAACGGCCGCGAAUGGGAAUGGGAAUGGGAGGAAUAGGCUCUCGCGCACCUGCGUUACCCGAAGAUUCAGACGCACCAAUGUCAUUCAAUUCGCCCCCAAAAGCCGGUAUUGGGUCCUCCAAGGCAGGCGGAGGGAUCGGCUCCUCCCGCCUUGCCGGUUCAUCAUCAUCGGCGUUCAGUAAAGGUGGACUCGGCUCCGCAUUCGCCAAGUCAGGAUUGUCUGCUUUCUCCAAAGCGAGCGAGGAGCCUCCUCCAGCCUCAGCUGCUGGCAUGGGCUCACGCGGAGGGAUCGGUGCCCAUGCCCCACCACCACCUCCCGUCGUGGAAGACGAGAUCCCGCCUUCCUUCGGUAGUCGCAAACCGUCUUUUGUGCGCAACUCUUCCUCUUCAAGUAAACCUGCGGCUCCACUCAGCUCGUCGGAACAAAUGCACUUCAACAAAAUAUCUGGCAGCAUUGGAGCGCGGCUUCUCUCCAAGAUGGGCUGGCAAUCAGGCGCAGGUCUCGGUGCUUCAGGCGAGGGUAUCGUCACCCCGGUAGAGAGUAAACUGCGGCCGCAAAAGAUGGGUAUGGGUUAUCGUGGAUUCAAGGAGAAGACAGAUCAGUCCAAGGCCGAGGCUCGCAGAAGAGGUCAAGCCGUCAGCGACGACGAAAGCGAGACUCCUGCUAUGCGAAAAGCUAGAAAGAAGGACAAAGAAGCCAAGGAGAAACGCUCAGAUGUCUGGAAACGACCGCAGAGGGUCAAGACCAAGGUCGAACACAAGACUUACGAGCAGAUCAUCGCAGAAGCUGGCGAGGACGUUGGCGCUUCAAACCUCGGUCAGAUCAUCGAUGCCACGGGUGCAGAGCUGCGAGAAGUGUCGUCAAUCACAGAUAUCUCUCUCAAAUCGACUUGGUCGCCUUCCAAUGAUCCCACCAGGAUACCUGAAGUUCGACACAACAUUCGGCUCAUAGCAGAAGAUUGCAAGAAAGAUCUUGAUGGACUGGCGCGCGAAGCGAAAGCUCUCGACGAUCGAAAGCAGUGGAUCGUUCGCGAAGACGCCAGACUGAGGAAGAAAGUCGAGGAGGAAGCGGAUCUGAUCGCGCGCCUCCAGCAAGUACAUAUUGUGGCCAACGAGAUCGACAGCAAGUCAAAGGAACUCGCCUCGUCCUACGAACCGUCAUUGGAUAGCUUCUCCCCGUUGUUCUACAAGCUCAGUGAUCAGUUUGGCCCAGAGCUAGAGAAGUAUCGGCUAGAUGAGAUAGCUGUUGCUGCCAUUGCUCCACUAUUAAGGAGAUUGGUGACCGCAUGGAAUCCUCUCGAGUCUCCGGGCGACUUUGUUUCGACCUUCCGGACAUGGCGCAGUGUUCUGAGAAUCAAAGAAGAGCAAGCGAAGACUGUCGAGAACCAGGUCGACGUCUACGGCACCAAAUCUAUCGCUCCCGUACAGAUUGAAAAGCCCAUGACGCCGUUCGAAAGCUUGCUUUGGAACGUGUGGCUCCCAAAAGUUCGGACUGCAAUCAACAACGAUUGGACACCGUAUACUCCCCAACCAGCAGUCAAAUUAUAUGAAGUGUGGGCCUCGUUUCUCCCCGCUUUUAUUCGCGACAACCUGCUCGACCAACUCGUUCUUCCCAAAGUAAAAAAGGCUGUCGCAGAGUGGAAUGCGAAACGUGCGAACGGGUCUUUGCGGAGUCUGGUGUUCCCGUGGUUGCCUCAUUUGGGUCUGAGAACGGAAGACCUGAUUGGUGAUGCGCAAAGGAAACUAAAGAGUGUUCUGCGAAGCUGGAACUGCGGGGAAGACAUGCCCGAAGAUUUGACCGCUUGGCGAGAAGUGUUUGAUGCCAAGGAGUGGGAUGCAAUGCUACUCAAAUACGUUGUCCCCAAAUUGGGAGCCUUGCUUCGGGAAGAUUUCCACGUCAAUCCGCGGGACCAAGAUAUGGCGCCGUUAUCCAAGGUCAUCCAGUGGUCCGGAGUCAUCCGAACGUCCAUCUUUUCCCAGAUUCUGGAGACAGAGUUCAUUCCCAAAUGGCUCGACGUGCUGCAUCUGUUACUUGUCACGCCAGGGGUGAGCUACGAAGAGGUCGCACAGUGGUUCUCUCGGUGGAAAGAGUCCUUCCCCGAGAACGUCCAGGCGAUGCCCGGGAUUAGCCAGGGCUUCACACGCGGUCUGCAGCUCAUGAACAAGGCCAUCGAACUGGGGCCCGAUGCACCUACGAAACUUGCCCGGCCCGAUUUUGUCGCGGAAAUGGCCGCCGCUGGUGUCGCCGCGAAAACCGCUGCCGUGCCGAAGGCAGCUCGGCCCUCGGCGCGCAAGUACGAGAUCACCUUCCGCUCGAUCGUGGAGGAGUUCGCCGCAUCACACAAUCUCCUCUUCAUGCCGACUGGGAAGGCGCACGAGAUCUCGCGGGUCCCGCUGUUCCGGGUCUCGCGAACUGUCGAUGGAAAGGACGGAUUGUUGGUCUAUCUGCUGGAUGAUGCUGUUUGGGCACCUUCUGCAGAUGGUGGUGGCGCUUAUCGGGCUAUCCCCCUCGAAGAUAUGGUGGCCAGAGCUAGCUGAGCGUCGAUCCUACCUAAUGCGCACUAGUACCAUACCCAUUGAAAGAUUCUGUCGUGUCUAACAGUAGUCUUGUAUGUCUCGGAGGAGCGGAGAGUUUGCACGUGACCGAUAUCCACGCGAUCAGUCUCGACCUUUCUAUUUACUUCAUCCUCCAGGGCAUACAGCUUUCGACAAUCGCCCUGGGCACAAUAGUAGCCCGACCCGGAAUUGAGACUUUCUACGGACCCCUGAGGCGGCUCUAGCUUCCAUCCGUUCUUUGCACUAGCCCUGACACUUCCCUUGCCCGGCGUCGUCCGAGCUGGUCAUCGAUUGUGCGUUCUAUUCGUCCAUGCUCGACGCCAACCCGAAGUUUGCGGGCGUAAGCCGGCCGUCCCAUGACAAUAUGCGAUGCAUACCUCGCCGCCGUUCCAUCAUUUUAGCUCUCGGUCGCAACUCGUAUCUUGUGCGAUACUUCUGCUCGCUCCCCCCUGUGCACAAAAGGUACAGCACCGAGUCAUAGGACGCAUUGCGCCAUGUUGCUCCGCAGCCUCUCUUUCUCAAUUGCCUUGCGCCUGCUGCUUCCGGCCCUUGCGCAGGGACAGCACGAGCUCGUAGUCCCGACUGACCUUGAUUGCCCGCGCGGUUCUGCGCCGAGUUUUGUGCACAACAACUACGCCUUUCUGGCUCCGGCGCACGAGUUCAUCCACAUCACCCAGUCAUUCUUCAAUCUGAGCUGGUAUGGCGCCAACGCGACCGUUGUAACGGGGAAGAACAACGUCCCAGGCGCAACGCGCAGCGGAUCGUUCGCGGGCGCCUCGUUCAACGAGACGCUCCUCUCCUACCGCAAAGACACGACGUCGCCGUCGCCGUCGUUCCUCGAAUACACGUACCGCGGGCAGCCGGGGCCGUUCGUGAACCCGACGCAGCCGUGGUUCAGCGUGCAGGCGCAGGGGUACAUCGAGAGGUUCCGGUUCACGGGCAUCUGCGCUAAGAGGGCGACGCUGGUCGAGGUCACCACGCAUGUCUGCUCGAGCAACCAGGUCUUGGCGUACAAUUACGUGACGCAGUUCCACGAUGCUGUGCUUCCGGCUUUGGGGGCUGGUCUGCGCGCGCCUAUCCUGAGCGGCGACUGCCCGUCGAACCUGCACUUCAAACUUCAAACCGAUGACCUCGUCCAGUCACCGGCACUCUCCGCAAGCUCUCAGAGCAAAUCAUGGACCAACCUCCGCCAGAAGUUCAUGCACGUCUUGCCACGUCCCGGCGAGGACACCCCGCACACAUCAAGCAGUCGCCCCGGGGCCGCCGCGCCGAUCAUCCACCCCCUACCAACCCGACUCACCGAACUCGUGUCGACGGAGAUAUACGAGCAGGUCAUCACUUAUUGCACGGACAAGGCGACACUGCUGGCGUGCAUGCGCGUCUGCAGGGCCUGGGUGCCGCGCGCCCGCUUUAUCUUGUUUUCGAGGGUCAUCUGUCGUCCGCGCGUCGUCAUUCCAAGCGGCACAACUGGGAGCCCCGUUUCCUGUGUUGCGCUCUACCGAGGACCAGACUCCGAUGUGGAGGAGCUGAUCCACGGUAACUCGGAUGGGGUCUACCAUUCCAGCUCCAGGAGAAUGCUGCUGAAGAUCAAGCACGUAUCGCAGAUGGCGAUUUUAGUCGAAUACGAUCUAUUUCUGUGCCUGGCUGACGGGCUGUUCAGCACAUUACCGCUGCAUAGGCUGCUAUCCGGCCACGCGCACGAGCAUGAUCUGACAGUCCUGUCGAAGCACGUUCACGCCUUCGAUGUUCUGCGAGACGGCGCGAAGGCCCAAGUAUGCGUCCGGAAGGGCAGCUCUCGGAAUGGCAUCAUCAAGGUCUUCGAGACCCGGCGAGGGGUUUCCAGCGGGCAGGGCGCAGGCCAACCCGCCGCGAGGGAGAUGUUCGUCCCGAGCGGGAUACACUCCCUCAGGCAGGCAACUAUGAACAUGCUCGUCGUCGGUCUGCAGGGCACGGGCGGUUUCGAGGUCAUCCACGUGCAGACCGCGGAGACGCAGAGUUUGCUUGACCCCGACGACUUCACCCUCAAGUUUGUAUUCAGGAAUAAAUCUCUCAGGGCGCUGGAAUGUAUCAGAACGCGAGAUCAGGAGAGGUUUUUGGUCUGCUACGACAAAUUCGGGUUAUUCGUCAACCUACAUGGGAAUCAGCUCUCAGAGCCGCCCAUGAUGCGCUGGUCCGAAGACUCGCCUCCAAUCUACUUUGCCCUCAAGGAACCCUACCUGCUCGCAUUCACAUCUACGUGUCUCUAUGUGUGGUGGACCGAAACUGGGGGGUGUAAGCAGACGGUUCUCGGCCAAUAUACGCUACUCAACGCGGUCGGCCGGGAUGAGAGAAUAUUCCUAAUGGCGCAUGGGAGUGGGGAUGUCGUCGAGCUCGUAUUCAAUUCCUGAACAUCUGAGAAGGAAAUGUCGUGUAUUAAAUUCAAUCGCUCCCAAGAGUAUCUACAGGAUCUACACCCUUUGCCUCUAGCGAAAGUCCAAGUUGUACAAUAGUUGAAGUGCUGUCACGGGACCGGUCAUGGUGUAACUAAGUAUCACAAGACUUGCAUUUUCAGACCUUGGAAUAACCGUUUCAGUGUUGACAUAAAACUGCUCACGAUAUGAAGAGAACGAUGGCUUCCGGGGACAAAUGGCCUCAGGCGAACGCCUGGAGUCGCCUGCAGAUGUUCUAGCGCUCUCGCGCCCUUUAUUCUAAUCGUUUCUCGUGAUGAUCGCACUGAUCAUCGUCCUCCUGGCACUCGCCGUGAAGCCUCUGCUACUCCGACCUCUAUUCUUUCUCCUCAUCCUGGCGCUGGCGCUCUAUCUAUCGCGCAGCACGACAGGCGUGUUCGUUGCCGAGUGCAGGUCACUGGUGUGGCCGAUCGCGAAAGAGAAAUACGCCUCUUGUGCUAUUUACAAGACGCAUAGUCGUGGACGAGGGCAAAAUCAGAUCAGAAUCCGGAGCAGCCAGCAGAAAG